CGCGCCCAGGGCAGCCCGGCGGCUGAGGCGGGGCCAGGAUGCGGGGGUGCUGGUUCUGGGGGGCUGUCAGCAGGGCGCUGUUCGCAGAGUUCCUGGCCACAGGGCUGUACGUGUUCUUUGGUGUGGGCUCAGCUCUGCCCUGGCCCUCGGCGCUUCCCACCGUGCUGCAAGUCGCCAUCACCUUCAACCUGGCCACGGCCGUGGCUGUGCAGAUCACCUGGAAGACCAGCGGGGGCCACAUCAACCCCGCCGUGACUCUGGCCUUCCUCGUGGGCUCCCAAAUCUCCCUGCCCCGUGCUGUGGCCUAUGUGGCUGCCCAGCUGGCGGGGGCCACGGUGGGGGCUGCUCUGCUGUAUGGGGUCAUUCCAGGAGACAUCCGAGAGACCCUUGGGGUUAACAUGGUCCGGAGCAACGUCUCGACCGGCCAGGCCGUGGCGGUGGAGCUGGUUCUGACCCUGCAGCUGGUGCUCUGCAUUUUUGUUUCGACCGACAGCCGGCAGGCAUCGGGCUCCCCGGCCACCAUGAUAGGGAUCUCUCUGGCACUGGGCCACCUCAUUGGGGUCUACUUCACCGGCUGCUCCAUGAACCCGGCCCGCUCCUUCGGCCCCGCCGUCAUCAUUGGGAAGUUCGAGGUCCACUGGAUCUUCUGGGUGGGACCCCUGACGGGAGCUGUCCUGGCUUCGCUGACCUACAACUUCAUCCUGUUCCCUGACACCAAGACCAUGGCCCAGCGACUGGCCAUCCUCAUGGGUACUGAGGAAGGAGAGAAAGCGACAGAAGCGGAGCCCGAGAAGAGAGAAUCCCAGUCCAGUUCGGGGGAUACUGAAAUGGGCAACGUGUGUCAGAUAGUAUAGGUUUCUUUGGGUUUCUGAGAGGAGCCCUUAA